AAAACUCCGACCAUGAAGGUCAAGUGCAAGUCUUUCAGGUUGAUGCUGUUCUGGCUGGCAGUGCUAACACUAAUUGUCUUUAAAGUGGAGUCCCGCAAGCGCCUUAAAAUUGGAUUGCAUAAAAAUCCAGAGUCCAUUGAAGAGAACAUACACAACGAACUUAAGACCUUGGCCAUUAAGCAGAAGUUAAAUGUCAGUGAUACGAAAACAGUGACCUCAUCGAAGAAGAAAACCAAGGAAGCUGGAACGAGGGUCUCCAAACUGGGAAACCUCUACAACACGGAGUAUUACGCCACUCUGAAGUUUGGAAAGCCCCCGCAGGUUCUGAAGGUGCUGAUCGACACGGGAUCUGCGAAUCUGUGGGUGCUCUCCAGUAAGUGUCCAGAUUCGGUCAAGUCCUGUGCAAAUCACACAAAGUACGAUUCGAGUGCUUCCACAACCUAUAAGGCAAUAAAUACUUCGUUUAGCAUUGCCUACGGCUCCGAUUCGAAAGCGGGCUUUAUUGCACUUUCCGGAUUUCAAUCGCAGGAUACAGUAAACAUUGCUGGAUAUACCAUCAAAAAUCAGAUCUUUGCCGAGAUCACCGAUGCACCAGAUGCCGCAUUUCUCAAGUCCGAUUUCGUUGGAAUUUUGGGCUUGGGCUUUUCCAGCAUUGCCAUCGAUGGCAUCACCCCACCCUUCUACAAUUUAGUGGCACAAAACCUUAUAAAGAAGGCGGUGUUCUCGAUUUAUUUGAACAGAAACGGGUCGAACGCCAUAAAUGGCGGUGAGCUGAUUUUGGGAGGCACCGAUUCGAGUCUCUAUAGUGGAUGUUUGACCUACGUGCCCGUUUCAACUCCAGGCUACUGGCAGUUCACAAUGGAAAGUGCAAAGUUGGGUGACUUUGAGUUUUGUGAAGAUUGCGAGACAAUUCUCGACGUGGGCACCUCACUGAUAGUUGUUCCCGAGCAAAACUUGACAAUCAUCAACGAAAUGCUGGGUGUUCUCAACCCAAAUGCUUCGACCACCGUGUUUUUGGUGAACUGCUCAAGGAUCAGUGAGUUUCCGGAUAUUGUCUUCACCAUUGCCCGCAAAGACUUCCGCAUGAAGCCAACCGAGUACGUCCUUCGGUACGGAGACACUUGUGUUUCCGGCUUUACCGGAUUGAAGGGCAACUCCUUGUUGAUUCUCGGCGAAAUCUUCCUGGGAGCUUACUACACGGUUUACGACAUUGUCCACAAACUUAUUGGAAUCGCACCAGCAGUUCACUGAGGAUUGCAUUUACUUAUAAAUCUAUUAAGAAAAACAUUGUACUCAAAAUAAUAAUUUCUCUACUGUAUUUUUCUCAUAAAUAAAUAUUCCCUCUUUAAAAAAUA